AUGCGUUUCCAGGCUACCGUCCUCGCCGUCGCGGCUUCGCUCGCUUUCGUUGGUGCUCAGGAUUUGAGCGGUAUCCCCCAGUGCGCUAUCCCCUGCUUCGUCGCUGCCCUCCCCAGCUCCAACUGCGGUGUGACAGACACAAACUGCCAGUGCACCAGCGGCCGCUCUGCCAUUGAGAACUCGCUCCUCACUUGCGCACCUGAGCGAUGCGAGCAGAGUGAAAUCUCCAGCCUCGCCCCCGCUGUCUCCUCCCUCUGCGCCGCCGCCGGUGUAACCCUCUCCGACAUCCCCACUGCCGUUCCCUCAUCUGGCGCUUCCAUGACCGGCUCAAUGAUGUCCAGCAUGAUGAGCGGACCCCCCACCAUGAGCGGCUCCAUGUCGCCCACCAGCUCCGGUGUCGCUGAGCAGACUGAGAACGCUGCUGCUGGCAAGCUUGCUAGCUACGGUGUUGUUGCCAUGGGUAUGGCUGCUGUCUUCGGAUUGUAG